UGUAUACCCCAAUAUUUAGGUGCAAGUGCGGAUAUGUAGAUGAAGAACUUGGGAAAGCCAUGCACCAGUCUGGUUUUUAUUCAACUGGAAGAAAUAGUAGCACUUUCUACAGCAUAAAUCUAUUGGAUUCCUGGCAUUUUCUCAAGAGAAGCAGCCCUGGAACUUCUCUUCAGGCAUUAGUUAGUGCACUGGAAUUAUUUGGUGCUUCUCGAGGGCGUCAUGGUCCCAUCAAUUUUGAGACAACAAAAAGAGUCUUCUUUGAAUGGCGUUUCCAUCAGUAUGAACUUGGGAGAAUAAAAGGAGAAUUUGACAAGGGGUGCCCUGCAUGUGAUACAACACCUGUGGCUGUACAUAUUGAUGGCAACAAGAAACUGUAUCGUUACAACAAAGUUGGGAGAGGGAUCAGAAACUCAUAUUAUUCUGGUGGUAUCUUUGCUUGUGACAAAGAAGUUCAAGAUCACGUUUCCACUAUUCAGAACCUUAAAACUCAAGUAAGAAUAUUUUUACAUCUGUUCGAAAGCCUAAAAAUAGGUUUUCAAAUAGAAACCUAA